AUGUAUGUGGGCUAUAUAUUGGAUAAAGAAGUAAGCAUGUACCCAGGGCCCCUUAGACGAUCAAGCAUUAACUUAUCCACACAGAACUUCGUUUCUCCGUCACAGUACUCGGAGUACGCGGGAUAUCAUGUGCCUAAUAUGGAACAUCAUCCCCAGUCCUCGGUGUCUUGGACCUCUCCCUAUGGUCCACCAAGAGAGGACUGGAGUUCAUAUGGGCCCGGCCCGUCGAACACAGUACCAGUCCAGAUAAGUAACUCUUCUCCAGGGCAGGUUUCUUACAGUUCGCCUGACUACAAUGCCAUGAAUCCCUCGACUGCAGGAAUCCUACCUCCUUUAGACACUAUCUCAGUGGGGCAAACGUCUCCCAACAGUCAAAGGCGCAACCCCUAUGAAUGGAUGAAGAAAACAACACAAGUCUCUGCCGCAGGUAAAACACGGACAAAAGACAAAUACAGGGUAGUUUAUACAGACCAUCAGAGGCUUGAACUGGAGAAGGAGUUUCACUACAACAGGUACAUCACUAUCAAGAGAAAAGCUGAGCUGGCAACUAUCCUGGGACUCUCAGAAAGACAGGUAAAAAUCUGGUUCCAGAAUCGAAGGGCAAAGGAACGGAAGAUGACGAAGAAACAAUUGGCUCAGUCUGAUGGCUGUUUGACUCACCAUGGUCCAGGUCCCGGAAGUCCUGUGGAAAUGGCAGGCCAGAUGUUGCUUGGGGGCCAUAUCUCUGGGGGCCCAUCCGUUGGGAAUAUGGCUCAAGUAACGGUCACACUCUAA